CCACGAAAGUGUAGUAAACGUCUUUGAUCUUGGAGCAAUCUACUAACUCGCUUGAUGAGCGUAUCGUCGCCACAAAGAAGUCCGUGCGUCUUGUGGUUGCGCGCAACUACCAAAGCGACGAUUGGUUCUGCUGAGUCAGCAACGCAAUACACUUCGCGCAUGCGCACACUUCAAAACGACGGACAGUUCAUUUCCAAGAGGCGGCUGGUUUCUUGU